AAGCACGUCUCAGUGCGAUGAUGAGAACUGUCGGGGCUAUUACCUCCACCUCCCUUCGAAACCAUGUCGUGGAUUAUCAACCCUCAAGGAGCCCCUGCUCGCCGUCAGCCUGCACGUUCAGCGACUGCACCAGAAACGAAUGCGGUCCCGGCUUCUCCUUGGGCAGAAUUUCCGAACAACGACCUGAAUCCCAGGGUUCCGGAUCCUGCGAGCUUGGAGCCUGAGCGGACAGUGUCUACCAAACAGGCAAAUAGACCCUUCCUGGCUUACAAGGCGUACCGAACCAAGCAGGAGCAGGAACACAAGGCAUGGCUCCAGAGGAAGAAGGAGCGAGAGGAAAAGCUAGCAAGAGGAGAGAAGGUCGGGCCAGAGGAACGGGAUCCUACGGCUGAACAGGAAGUGGGAUGUUUGGGCUUGCUCAAAUUCACAGCAUACCUCGUAAUAUUCCUCAUGCUUGCAGGCAAGUUCUUCACGGACAGCUUUUUGUGGGAAUACGAAGGCAAAUGGGCGAGACUCAAGACAUACAUCCCGACAAACCAGAGGCUCUUUUCGGAGAGGCUUUUAGCACAGUUCGAUGGCACGGACCCUGAGAAACCCGUAUACCUUGCUAUCGAUGGUGAUGUCUAUGACGUCUCGGAUAAUCGGCGCACCUACGGUCCAGGAGGACCAUAUCACUUCAUGGCCGGAAGGGACGCUGCGAGGGCGUUUGCGACCGGUUGUUUCCAGACGCACAGGACGCACGAUACAAGAGGUCUAACUGAUAGCGAACUGCAGGGUUUGAAUCAUUGGAAGCAGUUCUUUGCGGACCACAAGACGUACACCAAAGUCGGCCGUGUUAUUCACCCGGCUAUUGAUCCCUCUAGUCCCAUCCCAGAGCAUUGCGAUCCCAAGAAAGCCGCGAGUUCUAGUCCUCGAAAGGAGACUAAAGAGAACGCCCACGUUGGUCACCGCAAGUCCGGCCGCGAUGAACUGUAGACCGGCAGAAAUUCAUUGUUACAUGACGAUGGUCCCUGUUAUUACGUCGUAUAUACUGUACAAACAUUGCGCAGAUGAUAAAUUAUGCUAUGAAGCAGUCCCGA